AGCGCUUGCGCUUACAGUACGGAAGCCCCAGGCCCAGGGCUAGACGCUGCGGCGGGUCGCGUUUGGUGUGCCAGCCAGCGCUCCUCCGGACGGACGCCUGCCGAAGUACAGCCGCUCAGGCGGGAUCGAGUAGCAAACUUUCAGCCACGACUGUCCCGGCCCCGGCCCCCCAGUCCCAUAACCCAGCUGGCGCAGCGCUUGG